CAACAUCGAAACUCUCGACAACCGCGACCCAACAUUUCCGUCCCGCAUCGUAGCAAAUCCUUGAAAAGUUGCCAUUUUCGUAACAUGGCAGCUUCCAACGAAUCCUCACCAUGGCAAACAGCCCGCUGGCAUUCCGGCCUGGUACCAGUCGCCAACGGCACCAGGCAGCUCUCCCUCAUGGUAUCAGGCCAGCCACGUUCCGAACCAGCAGCUGCCCACCCACGCACUCCCCUCGUAAUCAUCGCCGCAGGCCUAGGCGGUGUCGCCGCAGAGCACGUCAUGGUGGCCCAACUCAUCUCCCCUUUCGCUCGUGUGCUCCGCUGGGAUCGAGCAGGCUACGGCGCCUCGACUCCGCUCAACCCAGACAAGGACUCCUACGCGAUGGAGCACGCGGUGCGGGAUCUAUUCUCAGCACUGGGAACUAUCAAUCUUCCCCCGCCCUACGUCCUCGUCGGCCAAUCGUGGGGUGGCCUCGCGAUCCGCGAAAUCCUACGGCAACGCAGCGCCAAUGAGAUUCUUGGCAUGGUCUUUGUCGACGCCAACCCGCACCUACAGAGGGCGGACCUGCGGGAACUCGAGGAGAUGAUCGGCACGUGUUGCGGCGCAGAUGGGUACGAAAGGGUUGUGGGUCUACACCAGAACAGCAUCUUCUCUCCCAGCCAAAUCGCCGACCUUGAGCACGAUUCGGACAUGGCCGAGAAAUCGGGUGUGAUUCCAGGCGAAGCUUCCACCGCCGAGGAAAGCCAGGCCACCGUUGACUCUGCGUUUGGGCUCAAGACCGUCGAGGAUGCGGACGGCAGGACAAUCGACCUCUCCUUCUCUAAACAGCCGCUGGGCAAUGGCCGCAUCAGCGUCAUUCAUGGCGACGUGCCGCGUGACCUCGGGUGUGCGCUACAGCACGGGAGGGCGCAUGGAUUUGGCAAUGAGGAGCUGCAUGGGAAACUCGAGCGAUAUAUCGAGUAUUGCAAGCGAGUUGUAUUCAAGUUUCAAGCAGCUCAGACGCAAUUGACAAAGGGUGAGGUGAGGGUCAGAAGGGCGACGGGGACGGGCAGGACGCAUAAUUUGCAAUCCACGCGGCCGGAUAUCGUGGCGGAGGAGGUGAGAUGGGUGCUUGCGGGGAGUGAGGGAGGUGGCGAUAAGGAGGAUCGACUCGGCCAUGCGUAACUGAUGCAGUCAGGAGAAUAUGGCGCCCCAGUCCACCAUGCAUUCAUGGAUUCUGAUUAUCGAGAAAUGGUACAUUUCAUGAUGCGCAGCGUUCCCCGCGUGGUACCUAUGCCCUGUCUGCGCGUUCCCCGAAGGACCCGUCGGCUCAUCUUGCCUUCGCCGAGCUACCUGUGGUGCUUCAAAAGUCGAGACGCUCGCUGGAGACACGAUGAUACAACACGGCACGGCACGGCGAGCUUGAACGUGGCGCCUCAGCUCGGUAAGAAUUUCCGCGGCAUCACCUUACCCAUCCGAGACGUGGUUUCCAGCACAAUGCUUUACGUAUGUGACUUUCGCCCUGCUGGGGAAAAGACGUGAGGGCAGUCGCGGUACGACGGAGAAUAAUAGUAGGGUAGCUUCGGAUCAAUCAAGGCGACAGCCAGCCACAGACGAGGUGGUUACGGGUUACAAGUCUGCAG